AUGGAAGAACAGUCAGAGCAAGAUGAGGAUGAUGCAGGUCUUGACACGGAGGCGCUGCGGCAGAAACUCUCUGCGGCGCCCAAGUAUGGCGCCAACGCGCGCCUGCUGCUGCUCAAUGCGGCCCGAGCUCUGGCCGCUGAGGAGGAGGCUCGCGGCAUCCAGCCGGGAAAAGCGCCCAUCAAGCGCCGCCAAGCAGGCGGCGGGGGUCCCGCCUUGGUGGCCCAGCCGCCGCAGGCCACGGGCUCCCAGCUCCUGGCGCUGGUGCCUGCCAAGGCGCGCCCCUGGGUGCCCUACCACGCACGUGCGUGCACCACGCAGCAGGCGCGGCAGCAGGUGGCGCUGAACCUGGCGGGCUCCUACCUGGCCCUGCUCGCGCGUGUGCUCGGCCUGCAGCCGGCGGAGCGCGCGAAGCAGUCGCUGCCGCCCGCGGCCGGCGCAGUCCGUGGCCAGGUCAUGUCGUUCGUGCGCGGCGUCCUCGACCCACUGCGCGGCGCCAACCUCGUCGACGACGACCUGGGCGAUCUGGUGGCGUCCAAGGCUACGGACAAGAUCAUGGCGCGCCACGAGGGCGCGUGCGACGCCGACUUCCUCGUAGGGGAGUACCCCCAGAUCACCAAGCUCGUGGGCGCGCUGGUCGAGCACUACAAGAAGCAGCGGCGGCACCAGCGGCAGCAGCAGGCUGCGACGGCUGCGGCGGAAGGGCGAGGGCCCGGGUAA